GUUGGUUUGAAACGGCAGAGCAAGCGUUUUCUAACUGACGGAAUAACUCGGGAAACAGAAGUGUGGCAGACUACAUAGAAAUAAAAAACAGGUGAAUAUUUACAUCUAUUAUCAGUGAAGAUGUCCUCAGACGAAGAGGAGCUGACCAGUCCUGUUAUGCCCAAGGACUCUGAUGCUGGCAGCUCUGUUUCCUCUGAGCUUCAGGAUGAGUAUGAGGAGCUCCUCCGCUAUGCGGUGGUCGCCCCUAAGCUUGACAGACUCACCAGUGCUCACUUGCACCAACUGAGCACCUCCCAUCUGUCUGCAGAGGGUCGGAGUUCCCAGAGAAAAGAUGACACAAAAUCACUGCGCCCAGCAGAUGCUGCCACUGAAGCUAGAGAUGGGAGGCAUUCUAGCAGGAGUGUAAGAUCAUCACAGGUUUCCCCCUUGAUUGUUGAGCCCCCCACACACUCAAGAGCCUCUCAUGAGGAGAUGCUAGGUCGGGCUUCUAGCAGGGCGUCAGUGGCCUCAAACACUCCCUCAGACAGGUUACAGACGUUGUCUGAGAGGUCUAGGCCAAACAGCCCAAACCCCCCCGAGUCCACUGUGACAGAGAUGUUUAUCUCGGAGGAGAACAUCAGCAAGAUGGAGAACAUUCUGGACACAUGGAGCAACAACCUGAAGUCAAAUGUGCUGACGGAGCUCAGGAAGUGGAAGCUGGCCUUCAUGGAGCAACACAAGCUGCAGAUGAGGAAAGAGAGGGAGAGGCAUGAAGCCCGGACAGCUGGCCUGAGGUCAGAGAUAGACAGCCUGAAGGAGCUGCUACACACCUACGAGACUUCCAACCAGAGAAAAGAUGAGGUAAUCGUGAACUUGAGCCAGGUGGUGGACAGACACAAAGAAAAGCAGGAAAAAAUGAGGGCCUUCACCCACUGGAGACUCAAGCACACUGAGGCCAAAGAGGAGGCUCAUGCCACUCAGGUGGCGCGGCAGCACUACAAUUUGCAGCUCAAGAAGAAGGUGUGGUUAGGCUGGCAGUCUCUGAUCCAGAAACACUGGAAGGUCAAGGUGGAGCGGGCUUGCCGUGCGAGGGCUGAGGAGGUCUGCACCCACCUGUCUGCAGAGUAUGAGGCCAAGCUGGCAGAGCACUGUGAGGCUUUAGAGAAGGCCCAGGCAGAGAUUCACAGACUGCGACUGGAGCGAGAGCGCUAUGAAGAAUCAAUGAAGAAAGCCUUCAUGAGGGGCGUGUGUGCUCUCAACAUGGAGGCUCUCGGCAUGUUCCACACCACAGAGGGACGGUCGGAGCAACCUCAAGUACAUGAUCAGCAUGAUAUUCUUCCUCCCCAGGAAGAACCUGUCUCUGCUUCAUUGGCUCAUCUUCAGCCAUAUCCCAUCUCUUCAGCACGGUUCAGCCCAGUACACUUUGACCGCCCGGAAGCUUUCCACAGCGAAGUAGAGGAUAUGAUGGGCUCUGGUGCCCCCGUGUCCAGGACAGAAGUGAUCCCUCCCACCACAGUGGUACACAGCUCCCUCUCACAUGGGGGCACUGCAAGCUCCCACAAACAGGUGAGCGGUCGUGUCAUCACAGCCGGUCAACAAAAACCCUCAAAGACUGUAACUGCUCGUAUCACUGCACGUAGUGACAUUGGCAAGACUGCACGCAGCAACCUCCAGGUGAUGGGUGUGGCUCCGCCCAUGAGCUCUGUGAUAGUUGAACGCCAUCAUCCUGUUACACAGCUCACCAUCGGUCAAGCUACGGCUUCUAAGUUCCCUCGCUCCUCACAACAGGGCCAAAGCUCCAGCGGAGGCAGAAGCACGUCCAGAACACACACCAGCACGUGCCAUGUACACUCUAUCAAAGUAGUUGACUGACCACACACGCAUAUCUCACAAAAAGUGUUGCUCACCUUGUCUAGAUUUAAAAUGUAACACAUCCUAUGCAACAAUCUUAGCAAUAGUUCUCUUGGCGUUAGUUUAAAGUCCAUUUUAUUUUGAUAUCUUGGCUUGAACUUGCCCUUGCUCUCUGCAAUUGAAGUGAAGAUUGUAUUUUUCCAGCUUUCUUUCAUGAAUGUGCACGAUUUCUUGAGCAAUCAGAUUUCUCUCAGGAAAGCGCUACACAGAUACAGGUGUGUAGAACUGCACAUGUAAAUGUUUUUAAUUAUUACCAGCUGGACAGAGUUUUGAAUUGCAAAACAGACAUGUAUUUCUAUGAGAAAGUUUUGCUUUAAAUUAUGCACAGGUGAGACUGUACUGUAAUGUUUUAGUCGCAUUUUUUGAAUAAUUUAUUUUGAUGAUGUUUCCUAUUGAGACUGACCGCCCAGCACCACAGGUUGUUUACGAAACCAAAGCCAUAUGUAAAUGAUCUGACGCACAAUUUUAUUUCUA